AGCCCAGAAGCUGUGAAAGAGCUGCAGCAUAAACAAACCAGGAACUCUCCUAGGACGGAGAGUCUGCCAACAGAAGGCAAGGCCUGGCGUUUAUGGCUUUCUCCAGAGCCUAGGGUAGAAAUCUUCUGAGGGGACGAGACAGACCCAGCAUCUGUGGAUGCCACUGCAGUCAAGCAAGGAUGGAUGAGGAGUUACCAGAUGGGGUUGUCUUCAAAGACCACAACUUCUCCUCUGACUUGCUGAGGCAGCUCAACGGCUUAAGGCAAAGCAAGAUCCUGACGGAUGUGAGCAUCUGCUCGGGAGCCUGGGAGGUCCCUUGCCACCGCAACGUGCUGGCCUCCAGCAGCCCCUACUUCAAGGCAAUGUUCUGCAGUCACUUCCGGGAGAGCCGAGAGGCCAAAGUGCAGCUACACGGCAUCGACGCCACAACUCUCGAGCACGUCAUCACGUAUGCGUACACGGGAGAGGUGCACAUCUCCGCUGCCAACGUCCUCCCGCUGAUGGAGGCAGCUGCCAUGCUGCAGUACCCCAGGAUGUUCGAGGCCUGCUCGUCAUACCUGCAGAGCCAGCUGACCCCCGGCAACUGCCUGGGCCUGGUCAGACUCGCAGAAAUCCUAAACUGUGAGAGCCUGAGGAAGAAAGCCAGGGAGGUGGCCCUGACUUGCUUCCCGGAGGUAGCAGCAUCAGCAGACCUGAAGGAGCUCUGUGCCAUGGAGUUGAGAGGCUACCUGGGAGAUGACGGGCUCUGCGGAGAGGAAGAAGCGGUGUUUGAGGCCCUCAUGGCUUGGGUCAAGCACGACCUCAAGGCCCGGUGGCAGCACAUGCAGGAGCUGUUGCAGCAGGUCCGCCUGCAGUACAUCCACCCAGCCUUCUUCCACCACUUCGUUGCCAGCGAUGCCCUUCUCCAGUCCUCUCCCGCCUGCCAGGCCAUCCUGGAGAGAGCCAGCAAGCAGAUACUCUCUGUGUACAGCCCCAGCGCCCAGGACUGCGACCUUCUGGGGCACAUCCCCCCAAGGAGCUCCUACCAAGACUUCCUCCUCCUCCUGGGAGGGCGGAAGGACAGCCAGCAGACCACCAGGGACGUCUUGCUCUACAGUGCACGGACUGGUCAGUGGCAGAGCCUAGCCAAACUCCCAACGCGAUUGUACAAGGCCUCCGCCAUCACCUUGCACCGCAGUGUCUAUGUGCUUGGGGGCAUGGUUGUCAGCGAGGGGAAGAGUCUCAUCAGUAGCAGCGUCUACAUCUUCUCUCUGAAGCUCAACCAGUGGAGGCUGGGGCAGCCCAUGCUGGCAGCCCGCUACUCUCACAGGAGCGCCACCCACAGGAACUUCAUCUUCUCCAUUGGGGGCACCGGAGAAGGUCAGGAGCUCCUGUGCUCCAUGGAGAGGUACGACAGCAUCCGUGAUGUCUGGGAGAGCAUGGCUAACAUGCCAGUGGCCGUGCUCAACCCUGCCGUGGCAGUGAAGGACCAAAGGCUCUAUCUUUUCGGGGGUGAAGACAUCAUGCAGAAUCCUGUGCGCCUUAUCCAGGUUUACCACAUUUCCAGAAACACGUGGUUUAAGAUGGAGACCAGGAUGAUCAAGAAUGUGUGUGCCCCCGCAGUGGUACUGGGAGAGAGGAUUGUCAUUGUGGGAGGUUACACGAGGAGGAUUCUCGCGUAUGACCCUCGGUCCAACAAAUUUGUCAAGUGUGCAGACAUGAAGGACCGCAGGAUGCACCAUGGGGCCACAGUGAUGGGGAACAAGCUGUAUGUGACAGGUGGGCGGAGGCUGACCACAGACUGCAACAUUGAGGACUCAGCCUCCUUUGACUGCUAUGACCCCGAGACGGACACCUGGACGUCCCAGGGACAGCUACCUCACAGACUCUUUGACCACGCCUGCCUGACUCUCCAGUGCAUACCCCACACGGCCAGCCUCACAUGAAGGCCACGGGAAUCUAUCUCUGUUAAAAUGCUGUGUGAUGCAAGAAAUUGCAACCCAGCUUCAAAGGCCUAGAGUUGAAGGAAGUCAAAGCUACCACUCUCAACAGAGUAGAUUUAAAAAAAAAAAAAAAAAAAGCCUGUGGAUGCUUUUCUAAUGCAACCCCUACCUCUUGAACCAAUGCCAGAAAUUGCACUAUUAUUACUGGGAAGGUCUAUAUCACAUCCCUCCAGAUGGAAGUGGAGUUAACUACUUGAUUGACAGCCCAAACUGCGUGGAAAAGACAGAGGAUGUUUCCCAGAGGAACAAAAAAUUAUGGAUAUGAAAAAAAAAAGAAUUAUGGACAUGGAUGGAUGAACACACACACACUUGCCCAGGCUAUCCUUAACAUCCAGAAUGGGAGGGCUAGCCCAAGAGGACCCUUAGAAUCACUCAGGUCAGUUGUCAGCAUGCAAAACUGUUAUGGCUAUGACUGUGUGUCCCUACCUUCUGUGGAUACAGUACAUUGAAAGUAGGCUCAGUUCAUUAGCUACCUAGGGUCUGUAAAAUUAUACUGCAACGAAAAUGUAAGAGCAGAAAAAAGCUUGCUUUUGCCAGAUGAUCUUUUAAAACUGCAGAAUUAAUGUGGGGUUUCAUUUCAGUAAGUGUUACGAGAACGACUUUUCUGGGGACAGCCAACAGAUUCCUCAGCAGAAACAGCAACCAUUGCCCUCUGGAUAGCAGGGCUGACCCUCCCUGUGGCCCCUUUACUUCCAAGUGCCCCUCCUGUUCACUCAAUGUCAAGCCCAUGGAAAAGCUGAAGUACCCAUAAGAGGCUCUCAGUGAGGCCCAGGUGAUAUAAUCACAGGGAAGACAUUUGGAAACAUCACUGCAUCCCAUUCAAGAUGGAUGCACGGGGGUUCUCUGAAAAGCAUCCUAAGGUGACUCCCUCACUCAGCCUGGUGGAGAACUAGAGUACUGUUCUGCUGUGUGCACUGAAGACCACCAUGGCUACUUUCUUCCCCGUCCUGUCCUGGCCAAUGCCAGGCAAUCUCAGGAUGUAAGCAAAGUUGUUUCUCACUCACAGAAGCAUCUGGAAUAAAUUUUGCCAUUCUGCGUUGCAUGCUGGAGUGUCUCUUCCUUCCCAGUGUUGCAAAAGCUUCUCCUUUCCAGUGCUUUCACCUCAGGCUCCUCAUGAGGUAAUAUUGUGGCCCAGGGGCUCUACUUACACCAUUGGUUCCUCCCCUCGGCCUGUUGCACCUUUCUCUAACUCCUUCCCCCUUUUUGAGACAGGAUUUCCUGAGCCCAGGUUGACCUCAAAUACACUAGGCAGCCUUGAACUUCUAAUCCUCCUGCCUCCACCUUCUGAGUUCUGAGAUUACAGGUGUGUGCCACCAUUCCUGGCUUAUGCUUCCCUGGGGACCAAACCCAAUGUACGUGCUAGACAAACAUUCUACCAACCAAUCCAUUUCAUUUGAAGAUUUUUAAUCAGGCUCUAAGUCCCAUCUCUUCUUGAACAUGAACUUGGAAAGGUACCCAGUGAUGCGAAUACUGCCCAAACAGUCCACUUUCAUUUCCUGCCCUCCACCUUGAACUACUUUCCUCUUCCCGCUUCCACGACGCCUCCUGCUCUUGCUUCUCCUGACUAUGUCUCAGUUUUGUCUCCUCAUUUUCAUGACUGUUAAAUGGGGAUAUGGCUGAAGUCUCAGUUCUUAGGCCAUUUCUUGUAUUGUCUCUCUCCUUGGAUGGGUGAAUCCAUAAAAUAUAUGCAAUUGUAUAUUAUCCUCUUCAGACCUCUGAGGCACCAGACAUGCACAUGGUGCUCAUAUAUGCAGAUAAAAUACACAUACACAUACACAUACACAUGAAGUGUGUGUGUGUUAAAAUAGGUCAUUUCUGUUUAGAAUUUUCUCAGGCCCUUUCAGUUCAUGCAGGUGAGUGUUGCAGGAGGCUGUUCGUUUAUUCCCGGUCACUUAGACCCAAAAUAAUCACACAGAAAUCAUAUUAUUUA